GGUCUUCGCCAGCCAUGAGCCGCCAGUUGACCCACUUCCCCGGCGGGGAGCGCCUGGGCUUCAGCGGCUGCUCCGCGGUCCUCUCGGGCAGGAUCGGCAGCAGCUCCGCCUCUUUCCGGGCCGGGGUCAAGGGCUCGGCCUCCUUCGGCAGCAAGAGCCUCUUCUGCCCCGGGGGCAGCCGGCGCUUGGCGCUGAGCGCUGCGGCGGGGCGGAGCGGCGGCCGCCUGGGCGGCUUCGUGGGCACCGUCUUCGGCAGCGCGGGGCUGGGGCCCGCGUGUCCCUCCGUGUGCCCGCCCGGGGGCAUCCCUCAGGUCACCGUCAACAAGAGCCUCCUGGCCCCGCUCAACGUGGAGCUGGACCCCGAGAUCCAGAAGGUGCGCGCCCAGGAGCGGGAGCAGAUCAAGGCGCUGAACAACAAGUUCGCCUCCUUCAUUGACAAGGUGCGGUUCCUGGAGCAGCAGAAUCAGGUACUGGAGACCAAGUGGGACCUCCUGCAGCAGCUGGACUUGAACAACUGCAGGAAAAACCUGGAGCCCAUUUAUGAGGGCUACAUCAGCAACCUGCGGAAGCAGCUGGAGACGCUGUCCGGGGACAGGGUGAGGCUGGACUCGGAGCUGAGGAACAUGCAGGAUUUGGUGGAGGACUACAAGAAGAGGUAUGAGGUGGAGAUUAACAGACGCACAGCUGCUGAGAAUGAGUUUGUGGUGCUCAAGAAGGAUGUGGAUGCUGCCUACAUGAACAAGGUUGAGCUCCAGGCCAAGGUGGACUCCUUGACAGAUGAGAUUAAAUUCUUCAAGUGCCUUUAUGAAGGGGAGAUCGCUCAGAUCCAGUCCCACAUCAGCGACACGUCUGUCAUCCUGUCCAUGGACAACAACCGGGACCUGGACCUGGACAGCAUCAUUGCUGAGGUCCGCGCCCAGUAUGAGGAGAUCGCCCUGAAGAGCAAGGCCGAGGCCGAGGCCCUGUACCAGACCAAGAUCCAGGAGCUGCAGGUCACAGCAGGCCAGCAUGGGGAUGACCUCAAGCUCACCAAGGCUGAAAUCUCUGAGUUCAACCGCCUGAUCCAGAGGAUCCGCUCAGAGAUAGGGAGUGUGAAGAAGCAGUGCGCCAACCUGGAGACGGCCAUCGCCGAUGCUGAGCAGCGGGGGGACUGCGCCCUGAAGGACGCCCGGGCCAAGCUGGAUGAGCUGGAGAGCGCCCUGUAUCAGGCCAAGGAGGAGCUGGCACGGAUGCUGCGCGAGUACCAGGAGCUCAUGAGCCUGAAGCUGGCCCUGGAUGUGGAGAUUGCCACAUACCGCAAACUGCUGGAGAGUGAGGAGUGCAGGAUGUCUGGCGAAUAUCCAAAUUCUGUGAGCAUCUCCGUCAUCAGCAGCACCAAUGCUGGGGCAGGAGGGGCUGGCUUCAGCAUGGGCUUUGGGGCCUCAAGCAGUUAUAGCUACAAAACUGCAGCUGCAGACGUCAAGACCAAAGGCAGCUGUGGCAGUGAGCUCAAGGAUCCCCUUGCCAAAACCUCGGGUGGCAGCUGUGCCACCAAAAAGGCCUCCAGAUGAUGGACAGGUGGCUGGCUCUGUGAGCAGAAGGCUUCCCAACCCACCCAUCUCCUCCCUCUCCUUCCCUGGGCCCCCUUUCCGAGUCCAGAAAUGCUUUGUCUGUCACUACAGUCCCGACCCCAUUUCCUCUCCCUGUUGUCCUCAAGGUGUGAUGCUCUGACACAAGGAGUCCUGUCAUGGGCUGCCUCAGUGACCUCCUUCUUGGUCCCCUUUCACUGGGUCAUUACCCAAAUGCAAAGACAACACACAUACCCAGAAUGUUUCCCCGUGGCCAGCUACAAGCCCCUCUGCCCCCAUGUCUUUCCUGGGUCUUCACUGCCAAGGGACUCGCUUCGUCUUCUGAUUGGGACUGUGUCCAGUCCUCUGCUUCUCCUGCAAUAAAUGAUUAAGUCUGUUUGGUUCUCA